UAAACUAUUGUGACUUGAGUCUGGAACUUAAAAAGACUAACCUGGGUUUUGUAAGAACCCCCAAAACUAAAUUCAAGCAACAAGAAAAGCAAAUGAUCUUCAAUUCCUUCAAUUAAUCCUCGAAAAUUUUCAUGGUUUGAGCAGAAUUUCAAUUUCAUCAAUGGCGGAUAAGCAACUCAUUCUCGUUGUUGAAGGGACUGCAGCGAUGGGUCCCUAUUGGAGCACCAUUGUUUCCGAUUACCUCGAUAAGAUCAUCAGGUCUUUUUGCGCAAAUGAUAUGACGACUCAGAUACAGAAGCCUUCGUCAAUUGCUUCUGGUUCGACCUUUGAGCUUGCCCUAGUUGUGUUUAAUACACACGGACCUUAUUCCGCUUCCUUGGUUCAAAGAAGUGGUUGGACAAGAGAUAUGGACAAUUUCUUUAGCUGGCUGUCUUCCAUAACAUUUUCAGGUGGUGGGUGGAACGAUGUUGCAACUGCUGAAGGCCUUGCCGAGGCUUUGAUGAUGUUUGCUAUCCCUCAAAAUGGAUAUCGAUCUGAACAGAAUUUGGAUGGAAAAAGACAUUGCAUUCUUGUUUCUGCUAGUAAUCCUUAUCCCUUGCCAACACCAGUGUAUCGACCAGCAAUUGAAAAUGUUGAGCAGGGUGAAAAUGGUGAAGCUCAAGCCGAGAAUCUUUUAUAUGAUGCUGAAACUGUGUCUAAGUGGUUUGGUCAGUGUUCUGUCUCACUGUCUGUCGUUUGUCCCAAAAUGCUACCCAAGCUUAAAGCAAUAUACAAUGCAGGUAAGCGUAACCAGAGGGCAGUUGAUCCAGCUGUUGAUGUUAAGCAGGCUCACUUCUUUGUUCAGAUAUCAGAUAGCUUCAUGGAGGCUCUUGCUGCUUUAAAUCGUUCAGGAUUGGCUCAAAAUCAGAGUCCUGCCACAACAUUGCCUCCUGGCUCAGGCCCUCCUAAUUCUAUGCCACCAGUGAAUGGAUCUAUCAUGAAUAAAGCACCCAUGUCUACAGGAAAUGUUCCGCAAGCAACUGUAAAAAUUGAGCCAAGUACAGUGACAUCCAUGGUAUCAGGACCUGCUAUACCCCAUAUGCCAUCCGUUCCUCGUGCUGCUGCUCAAAGUGUUCCUAGCUUACAGGCAUCUUCACCACCUUCUGUGUCACAGGAGCUGACUACAACCAAUGAAAAUGCUCCAGAGCUGAAGCCAAUCAAUAGCAAUAGCAUGUCUCAGCCCUUGCGCCCUGUGGGUGCCAUACUAAACAAUAUCUCUCAAGCACGAGUAGCCCUUUCAGGAGGAACUUCUCUAGGGUUGCCUUCAAUGGGUGGGAACGCUAUUGGUAUGCACAUGUCGAACAUGAUAUCUAAUGGAAUGGCAUCGAAUGUGCCGCCUUCUCAAACUGUAUUGUCUUCUGGACAGUCUGGUAUCUCUGCUUUGUCUGGGACGGGAGGAAUUGCAGGAGCUUCUCAUCCUGUACAGAAUUCAGCCCUUGGUUCAUUUUCUACCGCUACUUCUAAUGUCUCUGGAAAUUCUAACCUAGGCAUUUCUCAGCCAUUGACUAAUCUCCAAGGAAAUGUAAGUAAUACGAUGGGUCAAACUGUAUCUGGGAUUGGUCAGGGAAAUGUUUCAGCUAUGACACAGAGUGGAAAUGGUAUGAAUCCAAAUAUGAUAUCUAACCUUGGUUCAACUGGCGCACCAUCCGGUACUGGCUCCAUGAUGCCAACUCCAGGAAUGCCUCAGCAGGUACAGCCAGGAAUGCAAUUGAAUAAUUCAGCAGCUAAUAUGUCGAUGUCUCAACAAGCUCCGUCUUCUUUACAAUCUUCACAAUCCAAAUAUGUUAAAGUGUGGGAGGGAAACUUGUCUGGACAGAGACAAGGACAACCUGUAUUUAUCACUAGAUUGGAGGGGUAUAGGAAUGCAACAGCCUCAGAGACACUUGCAGCAAACUGGCCACCAACUAUGCAAAUUGUUCGUCUGAUUUCUCAGGAUCACAUGAAUAACAAGCAAUAUGUUGGCAAAGCAGAUUUUCUAGUUUUCAGAGCAAUGAAUCAGCAUGGAUUUCUUGCUCAGCUACAAGAAAAGAAGCUUUGUGCAGUUAUCCAAUUGCCAUCUCAGACGCUGCUGCUAUCGGUUUCUGAUAAAGCCUGCCGCUUAAUAGGAAUGCUUUUCCCUGGAGAUAUGGUAGUUUUUAAACCCCAAAUACCAAGUCAGCAACAGCAUCAAUUGCAGCAUCAGCAAUUACAGCAUCAACAACAACAACAAAACCAGCAGAUGCAGCAGCAGCAAAAUCAACAGAUGCAACAACAACAGCAACAACCACACUCUCAGCUGCAGCCCCAACAACUUCAGCAUUUGCAACAACAACAACAACAAACCAUGCAACAGCUGCAGCAACAACAACAACAACUUCCACAGAUGCAACAACCACAACUUCAGCAUUUACCACAGCAACAACAAACCAUGCAGCAAUUGCAACAACAACAACAGCAAAUGCCGCAACUUCAACAACAACAAAUUCCACAGCUUCAACAACAACAGCAAAUUCCACAGCUCCAACAACAGCAACAAAUACCACAGUUACAACAGCAGCAGCAGCAACAACAACUUCAGCAGCUACAACAGCAAUCUCAACCUCAGCAAAUGGUUGGUGGUGGAAUGGGUCAGGGUUAUAUGCAAGGUCCCGGUCGACCUCAGUUGGUUCCCCAGGGACAGGUACCAUCGCAGGGGACCCAAUCAAAUAUGUCCGGUGGUGGUUUUAUGGGUUAGUUUGUUUAAUUAUUUAGUGCAUAUACUUUUGUAAUUUAACUCAGAAUAUUUAAAGUGCCCCCUUGUGCUAUGUCAGAUGGGGUUGGGGCAGCUAAGUUAAUGCAUAGUGAUUAGUCUAAUUGGAUUGUAUUAUCACAUCAUCACAGCUCAAGCAUAUACAUAUCUAUUCUUGUGAAUGCAAGAGCAAGAAGUGAUUUUGUUGCAAGUGUUUUGGUGAUUUAUAUGCUGUUGCCGA